AUGUUGAGCGCCGUUCGUCGCGGGCCGGUCCUCGCGAGGGCUUUCAGAACAUGCGCGCCUAGAACCUGGGGCUCCUCUCCCAUCAGAGCAUCUCCUUCUGCCGUCUCCAGCUUCUCAGUCCCAUCAAAGUCGACAUCGGGCCUUCUCUCGCAUGCGCGCCUUUUCCAGUCCCAAUCUGCGCUGAAGCAGGACGAUGUCCCCCUUAUCUCCGAAUUUUCAGAGCUCGGAACUCAGGGUCUGGUUCAUGAUAGCAUCGUCUCCGCCAUAACAUCAAAUAUGAAAUUGUCGUCUAUGACGGAUGUGCAGAAAUUGACGAUUUCUCGGGGGCUGACCGGUGCUGACACAUUGGCUCAAGCCAAAACUGGUACAGGCAAAACUAUCGCAUUUCUUCUACCCGUACUUCAGAAUAUCAUCAGCGCCGAUCCCAGUCUUGCCCAAAGGAGGCGCGGCCCGAGCUCUCAUUCCUCGGACAUUCGCUCUAUAAUCAUUUCACCGACCCGUGAGCUCGCUGAGCAAAUCGCGGUAGAAGCCAAGAAGGUCGCGUUUAACACCGGUAUCAUUGUUCAGACAGCGGUUGGUGGUUCAAGAAAAAUGGAAGGUCUUGCUCGUAUCAAGCGACAAGGUUGCCACAUCCUCGUCGCUACCCCUGGUCGCUUGAAGGACAUUCUUUCUGACCCCAGAAAUGGCAUUUCUGUACCCAACCUGACUUCUUUUGUCCUCGAUGAAGCCGAUCGCCUACUAGAUGACGGCUUUGGGCCUGAGAUCAAUGAAAUCCACGACUAUCUUCCAGACCCAAUCAAGGUAGACCGUCAGACCCUCAUGUUCUCUGCCACGGUCCCAAGGGAAGUACUGCGUGUUGUUGAAAGGUUUAUGAAGCCAGACUACCAAUUCAUCAAAGCUGUCUCUGAGGACGACGUUCCUACUCAUCUCAGGGUACCUCAGAAGCAAGUUGUCCUCCGGGGAUUGGAGAAUGUGAUGCCUUCCAUUCUUGAAAUUACGGCCAAGUACAACGCACGUCGGGAACAAGAUCCCAACUUGAGACCAUUCAAAGCAAUUGUUUAUUUCAAUAGCACAUCGAGUGUUCAAUUAUACUACGAUGCGUUUGCUCAAUUGCGCAACGAUCCUGCGGACCGACGCAGUGGGAACCCGUUCGGGCGAGGCGUCUACUGCAUGCACUCCAAGCUGAGCCAAAUGCAACGUACGAUGUAUUCAGAGAGCUUCCGUCGCGCCGCGGGCGGUAUACUCAUUUCAUCUGAUGUCACGGCGCGAGGCAUGGAUUUCCCCGAUGUCACUCAUGUCAUCCAGGUCGGCCACCCCCGAGACCGUGAGUCUUACAUUCACCGCUUAGGAAGAACCGGCCGUGCAAACAAAGAGGGUGAGGGCUGGAUUCUUCUCCAUUCCCAGGAGAUUCACCCAUUCGAAAGAGCAUUGGGCGACCUGCCGAUUAAAGAAGACCGUUCCAUUGAAUCGGCCAAGGUCGACAUGUCGCAGGAGGGCCAACAAGUUUCCGCCACAUCUGCGGAGAAUCUCAAACGGGUCGAGGCUGCAAUGAAAACCGUUGACUAUGGAUCUAAAGCAGCAGCUUUCCGCGCUGAGCUGAGCGUCUUGUCCGGUACUUUCCGUCGCAGAAACCAUGUUGUCAGUGCGUUGAAUUCCCUCGCUAUACACGGGUGGAAGCUUCCCGAACCGCCUGCCAUUGCCAGAUCGCUUGCCGACAAACUUGGCUAUAGAAAUGAAGAGGAACUGAAUGUUAGCGACAACGUGAGAUCUAGCUAUCCGGAUGACUCUGGAAGGGGCCGGUCCCAAUCGUUUGGAUCUCGUAGAAGUUCCACAUUCGGCGGCGGUAACGACAGAUUCAGCCGGGACGACAGAUUCAGCCGCAAUGACAGAUCAAGUCGGGGCGACAGAUUCAGCCGGGAUGACAGAUUCAGCCGGGACGAUAGACCCAGCCGCAAUAGACGUUCGUUCGAUGGUCCUUCCGGUGAUCCUCUGAAUGGAUUAUUCGACUUUGAGAAUGUUAACCGUCGUUGA